CACUUAUCCUUCCAUUAUUAUUCCUACACACACCUUUCUCUCUUCUCUUACCAGUAUCGCCUUUGUCCUCUGCACCAAGCUUAUCUCCGUGCCCUCCAGCUGAUCUUGACAAUGAAUUUCGUAGCAAGCUAGAUUGACCAUGCAAGGCCACGUAGAGAUAAGACCAGGGAUCCACACCCACGUUGCUCAGUGGCCAAUCUAUGCUCUGGCAUGGUCACUACGUCGCGACAAAAAUGCCCGCCUUGCAAUAGGUAGUUACAUAGAAGACCACACGAACAAGGUUGAACUCGUUCAUUUCAACCACGAGUCGUUGAAUUACAGUACUGACCCCAAUCUGGUCUUUGACCAUCCUUAUGCUCCGACAAACAUAAUGUUCUUUCCCUCCGAGGAUGACACAAACCCCGACAUCGUCGCCACCUCCGGAGAUUGCCUAAGACUGUGGGAAAUACACGACGAUCGGAUUGAGCUCAAGUCCCUCCUAACCGGCAACAAAAUCAGAGAUAACUCAGCCAUAACCUCUUUCGACUGGGCAGAGUUUGACACCGGACGCGUGGCUGCAUCAAACGUGGACACCACAUGUACCAUAUGGGAUAUAGAGAGGGAAGCUCUGGACACACAACUAGUGGCACACGACAAAGAAGUGUAUGACAUAUCAUGGGGUGGUUUCAAUGUAUUUGCUUCAGUGUCUGGGGAUGGUUCUAUGAGAGUUUUUGACUUGAGGGACAAAGAAAGAUCGACCAUAAUAUUUGAAAACCCAGCACAAGAUUGCCCUCUGCUACGCCUGGAAUGGAAUAAAGGGGAUCCAAGGUUUAUAGCAACGGUUGGAAUGGACAGUAAUAAAGUGGUAAUAAUGGAUAUUAGGCAGCCAACCACACCAGUGAUGGAAUUAAAUAAGCAUAAGGGAAGUGUUAAUGCUAUAUCGUGGUCCCCACACUUAGGACGUCAGCUUUGCUCUUGCGGCGAUGAUUCGAGGGCUUUGAUCUGGGACGUGGUGGGAAAUACUGGAUUUCAGGCGAGGAAUAAUAAUGGUGAUGAUGUGAAGCCAGAUAUGUGUUAUGAAUCGACGGCUGAGAUCAAUCAAGUGCGAUGGUCUCCUGUUCAGAUGGAUUGGGUUGCCCUUGCUUUCCUGAACAUGUUGCAGCUUUUGAAGGUGUAGAAAUGGACUGUCUCUAAUUUCUGUUGUAUAAGAUUUAAAAGGGAAAAAUAUGGGAAGACUUAAUUUCAAUGAGAAAGGAUGCUUUGCUCUGAUCUUAUAUA